CAUACAAGAACUCAAGAGACGGGCAAAACCUUCUUUUUUACUCUGUUCGCUCAGUCAACAUGAUCGUUUUCUUUGUUUGGUGUUUAUUUACCGUGUGCCUCGCUGAAGAGGAUAAAGACAGCGCCCUCCCCAGACUCAGUGAUGUUACUGCGGCCGAGACCUUCAUUGGCUCAGUUGAGGUGGCUGUAAUCGGGUUCUUUGAGACUGAUGAAGCUCAUGGAUAUAAAGAGUUUUUGGCCGCUGCUAAAGAGAUGAAGCCACUUCCUGUCGCUCUGUGCAGUGAAAAGGAAGUUUGGGCCAAAUAUAAUAUCACAGCUGACACCAUCUCCAUCUUCAGGAAGGCUGAUCUUCAUCAGGAGCACCUGCAGCUGUCAAAGGCGAAUAAAGUGGAGGCUGACGGACUCGUGCGCUUUAUGACCAUUAAUAACAUUCGUUACAUCACAGAAUACAAUCAAGCGUCUGCGGUGGGUCUGUUUCAGUCAGAUGUGACGACGCACCUGCUGCUCUUGGCCAACAAAGGGAGCUCCGACUUUAAACAGCUACAGGAGAGACUGAGAGCAAUCGCGCCAAAAUACUCUGGCAAGAUGCUGUUUGUGCUGGUAAACGGAAGAGAGAAAUCGAAUGACCGCGCGCUGGAAUACUUCGGUCUGAAGUCACGUGACCUGCCGCGUGUUGGCAUUUAUGACGUCAACUCGGACAAGAAGUGGUUGAUGCCGAAGGGUGAAAUAUCUACUGAGCGUGUGCAGAGCUUCUGCGAUUCCUUCCUGAGCGGAGACCUACAGAAUAACAUCAAGCCUGAGAAACCUGAAGACAAGACAGAACUAUAACAUCAAUCUGUUAAUUAAUUAAAAAAGUUAAAAAAACACAA